AUGACACCAAUUGAUAAGUCAAGUCUGGCGCGGUCGGAAAGUGAUCAGGAACAUUUGGAGUUCUCGCAUCCCAGUUUCAUCCAGCAGCAUCCCCAUCUUUUGGCCAAUAUCAAGAGGAAAUCACCGGGUGUGCGAAACAAUGAGAACACCUCAAUGAAUAUACCAACAAGAGAGCUUAAUGUGCUUCUUGGUGAAAUUCGACAGCUUCGAGAAAAGCAGCGAGCCAUGGAAACUAAGAUGACGCAUCUUGUGAAGUACGCCUCUUUAUAUCGCUCAACAUCUUACUUUGUUACUUCCAUCAGUUAUCUUUUCAUUGUCUGUGAUAUGCGUAUCGUCGGUACAGAUCGCCGGGUUUUUUAA